GCCAAAGGUCAGCCAAUCAGAUGAGCGGAAGUUUAACGUUGCGGUAAUCCGGUUCAGACGUGACAAGUGCGGCCGACUGAACCUGAAUUUCAUCUUAUUUUUCUCCCUGCAGGCUCUAGAAACUGCAUUCUUCACUGUCUUACCACCGAACUUGACGUGUGUGCACAAGGCCAUGGUGGACUGAUAAUUGUUACGAAGAAAAGCUUUAGUACUGUGGAAGAAUUAUUCCUUUGCCGGGACGAUCCUUUCAGGUGAGCCCGGAGGACCAAGGCACGCAGAUGGGAUCGAGGAGAGCCUCCCGAAGCCACUGGUAAUAACCGGGUCCUUGGAUUCAGUUAGCCUGACCCAAACUGCCUCACCAAUUCCUGUUGAAAGUGAGACCCAACCAGCUUUCACGGUGGAAACGAGAAGAAGAGCAAAGAUGAAUGCUGUGCGGGGGGGCACAGUCACCUGGCGUCCCCAGCCAUGGCAGGAUGGGGACGGGGGAGGAGGAGAACCGCUGUCAGAUAGCGACUCAGAGGAGGAGGACUUCCCUGAUGACAGUACCACACCGCUGGGAGACUACAUCACGCACGGGUUGAAGCAGCUCCUGGAUGCUCAGCAGCUGUGUGAUGUUACUCUACUUGUUGAGGGAAAGAAGUUCAUGUGUCACAGAGUCCUCUUGGCAGCCGUGAGUCCAUACUUUCGAGCCAUGUUUACCAGCCCUCUGGUCGAGUCCCGCCUCACUGAGAUCCGACUGGAGGAAGUGACACCGUCUGUCAUGGAGACUGUCAUCCAAUUUGUGUACACCGGUGAGGCAGGACUCUCUCUGGACACAGCUGAGGACCUGUUUGUGGCUGCCAACAGGCUUCAGGUCAUGCCCCUUCAAGACUUGUGCUCCAGGUUUCUAUUUGAGCACCUUUCAGUGGAUAACUGCCUGGGGAUGUACUCUCUGGCUCGCUCUCACCAUGACCAGCUGCUGCUGCGUGCCUCCCUGCGGCUUGUAGCCCAGCACUUCCCCCGGGUGGCCCGGCAGAAAGAUUUCCUUCUGCUGGACCAUGGCACCUUAGGCAGCCUGCUGAGCUCUGACCGCCUGGGGGUGGACUCUGAAGCGGAGGUUUAUGACGCGGCACGCCGAUGGGCCGAGCACCAGCCCCUGGAUCGUUAUGCCCACAUGCCGGCGCUGCUUCACCACCUGCGACCGGGGCUGCUGUCCCAGGAAGAGAGCCGAAGACUGAGUCAGGAGUUGGGGCCUGCAGCAGCUGGUGAAGGCUUUGGGGGGCCUCUUAGACCACGGGAGGGCAUGUUUGAGAAGAAGAUUGUAUGUGUGGACCUAACACCUCGGGAAGAUGAAAAUUUAACUGCAAGAGACAACACAGUGGACUGCUUUGAUCCUCGGACAGGGAAGUGGGAGAAGUUAGCAGCAUUGGGUUCACUGGUCAGUCCUGGCUGCACUGCUGUAGGUGACCGGCUGUUUGUAGCCGGGGGGAUCCUGCGGACAGGCUCUGUGUCUGGAGCUGUGCAUGAAUAUGAUGCAGUGUUGGACCGCUGGAUAGAGCAGCCUUCGAUGUUCCAGCCCCGGGCUAUGUUGGGCCUGCUGGGUUGUGGAGAGUCACUGUAUGCCUUGGGCGGUAGCAAUCGUUCAGCUCUGCUGGACUCCUCUGAGACCCUGGAGUUGAGUACGCUUCAGUGGGCUCCGGGGCCUCGGCUACCGCUCCCUCUGCGCGCCUUCGCCUGUGCAGCGUUACGUGGACGGCUUUACCUGCUGGGUGGAACCACACUUGAACAAAACCGGGCUGUGGUCCACUCAGGAGUGCUUAUUUAUCACACCCUAACAGACUGUUGGACACGUGUGGCUCUGGACUCUGGCGCCACCUGCCUCGCUGGAGGAGUAGCAGUGCGUGGAGGAGUCUGUGCCAUUGGCGGUUACAUGAGGGAUACCACCAAGUUCCUCGAUGGAAACUACACUAAUCUGGAGACUUUGGAUGCCACUGGGCGUGUACUGUUUUUCAGAGAGGGCAGGGGAUCUGGAGUAGAGAGGGAGGUCACUGGGGGAGGGGUGAUGGUCACUGCAGAGCAGCGGGGGGGUGCAGGUGGUGGAAGCGAUCGAGCCCCAAGUCCUGUGGUAUUUCCUGGACUGCCGCGACGGAUUGCAGCUGGUGGUGUUGCAAGGUGGAAACGCAGGAUUUAUGUGCUGGGUGGGGAAAACGGCUCACGGUUCUAUGACAGUGUUUACUGUUGGAAACCCGGUUGGCGCAGCUGGGUCCAGAGACGUGAGAAACUGCCUGGAGAUACUGGAGGUGUGAGCCAGUUCGGGUGUACCACUUUAAAGUUCCCUAAGAAACACAUCCUGUCCAGACUGAGAUUAGCCAAAGAAAACUGCAAGAAGGCAUCUGAUUAGCUUGAUAGUUACCAAUAUGACUGAAGUCAUGGUAGAUGUGACACUGAGAUGAGUUUGAAUUUGCUCAAUCUUGGUGUCAUGAAAUGUUGGUGUUGAGAUGAAGUCACAAGGAAGAGACUGGUUUAUACAGUCUGAGUGUAGGCACCGUGUAGGUCUAUAGUGGACUGGAUGCAGAUGGAUCUCAGACUUUUUAGGGACAGUCAAAUGUACAUGCAGAGAGCAAAUGGAGCCAGGGACGUUUAAUUGCCUUUUAAUUGCUUUCUUGAAGUGAAAUGUUGUUUUCAGCUUUUUGCUGGUAUUUUUUUUAAGGCUGUUAGGGAACUAUUUCAAUGCUGUGAAUCUUUAAUUUAAUUUUAUUUUCAACAGUGUUUAGUUUAAGACACAAGGAUACCUGCACAUUUCUGACACACUAUGUUCCGCUUCAUUUGCUCAACUCUAGUAUUGUCUAAUGUUGGCUUCUAAAGCCCUUUGAAACUGGGCAAUACAAAGAGCUAUACAAAUAAACUUUAGUGGAAAUACAGCGAAUGCACGUUUUUCAGAAAACUGCUACUGGUUGUUUGGCUACGAAUGAAGAUGUGAACAUAACAUUCUGUCUUUCAGUCUUGACUUGAAACCCUGUACUGAUCUCAGUGGGGGACAUAAAUCAAAUUCUCAGUCAACUACUCAAACCCCUUGGCAUGUUUUGUACAACACACCAAUGGCUCAUUUGUUGAGGUUUAUCCUUCACAGCAUCAGGAGGCUUACCUAUCCUGUUCACUGAUCUAUACAGGCAGCCAGAUCCCUCCAGCAGAUCCCAAAUAUGGCAGCCCGUAUUUUAAACACAGACCACAUUUUUACUCGGUAGAAUAACUGUCUUCGCUGUUCUUAAAUGCUCUCUUAAAGGUCUUGCCUCAAAGAAGUGGACCAUCAAAGUGGUAGAAAUGUGCACACAGGGCUGUAUGCUACGCAGUGAUCCUGAGCACUGUCUUCCAUGAUAAUAUACGCUAUAUAGACAAAAGUAUUGGGCAACAUGACCAUUACAGCAAGGGGGACUUUCAUGAUAUAGUAUUCUAAAUACAUUGACAGCUUUGCAGCUAUAACAGCUUCUACUCUUCUGGGAAGGCUUUCCAAAAGAUUUUCGAGUGUUUCUGAGGGAAUGUUUGCCCACUCAUGCAGCAGAACGUUUGUGAGGUCAGUCACUGAUGUUGGACCAAAAGGCCUGGCUCACAAUCUCUGUUCCAGUUCAUCCCAAAGGUGUUGGAUGGGGUUGAGGUCAGGACUCUGUGUGUGCCAGUCAAGUUCUUCCACACCAAACUCAUCCAGCCAUGUCUUUAUGGACUUUGCUUUGUGCACUGCAGUCAUGCUGGAAUAGAAAAGGGUCUUCCCCAAACUGUUGUCACAAAGCUGGAAGCAUAGCAUUGUCCAACAUGUCUUGGUAUGCUAAAGCAUUAAGAUUUCCCUUCACUGGAAAUAAGGGGCCAAGCACAAUCCCUGAAAACAUUGCCAUCCCAAUACUUUUAUCUAUGUGGUAUAUAUGGCAAUGAGUGUUUUAGGUAUAGAAACUCCAUUUGUUAAUGACGGUGUGCUGCAAAGAAAAACUUGAACGGUUCUGAAUCAGAGUCAACUUCAAUGGCCAAAUAUGUGUUACAUACAAGGAAUUUGACUCUGGUUUUUCAUUGCUCUCGAUGUACUUACACAGCAGUACACACACAGCUAAGAAGAAGGAUAACUUCAGGACUUCAGUUUACACAGAUCCCUGAAAAAAUAGGUGAACAACAACAUAAAUAAGAGGCUAUGUACAAGUCAAGUGCUCUGUAAAUUGUAACCAAUACAAAUAGUUCAAAGAACUAAAUCUGAAAUGUAUGUACUUACAUGUAAUGGAUGAUUGUGAACAGUUCCUCGUUGGAAACUACUUAGUGAUCCACACCAAGUAUUAAAUAUUUGGGCAGAAGGUGAAUGUUCAUGUGUCUGUGUACAGCCUGUAGUGAAUAUGAGCCACAGUAUCCUUGUGUCUAGACCACCACUGUGUCCAGCACCUUUCCUAAAUCUGAGGUGAAGCCAGGUGAAUAGUUGUCUUUACUUGAUUCUGCAGCUGUGUCAGAACUACAUUUUUGUUUCAAUUGCUUCAGCCACAGGACUUGUGAAUGUGUUUCAUAUGGACAUUAUGGAUUAUCUGAACACAUAAGCACUGCACCUAAUUUAUUGAAAAUUUAUUUUAAUGAUUUUUCUUGUUUCUUAAAUGGUAUCUUUGGUUAUGACUACAGUGUCUGAACUUACUGAACUGUAGGAUGGCACUAAGCUUUGACAGACCUGUCACACAGGAACAGAGGAGCGAAUUGAGGGUUUUAGAGUUACUUCAUUCUGAAAUUGUGACUUUAUAAAAAGUUUGACCAGAAAUGUUAGCAUGUUGUUUUGCUGUAAGCCACUGUUUUUCAUGUAUUUUCCUCUCUGUUGAUCAAAUCAAAAUAUUUCUGAAGGAGAUAUGUGCCUAUGAAAAACAGUCCAGCUGUGACUGACAGAAUUCUACCAAUGUUGUUACCACAUUGCUGCCACUAAAACAUAUUAGAAUUCUUUAGGACUCCUGCCAUGACAGAAGCUGAAGCUGAAAACAAACCACACAAUUUAUUUUUGGAGGGUUUUCAAUGAGAACAUGAUGAGUUUUCAUCACUGCCAGCCAGGUAUUAGUUUUAGUAGUUUAAACCAUUUAGUUACUGUAAAACAUUUAAAGCCAAAAUCAGAAAGUGAAGCGGCGUACAGGACGUGCGGCUGUAGUGGCUCUUACUGCUGAGAUAAGACAAAGCGUGUCUCUGGGCACCAUCUUAGACCUGCAAAGUGAACUUUUUAAGGUUUACUGAAAUGAUCGAUGGCAGUCUGUCACUUCAAAAUUUAAACCUGUUAAAAAGAGUAAAUUCGGUGUGAAAGAGGCGUUUUUAUGUAACGUCACUAAAUUUGUAUAUCUUUCCCUAAAGCUGUUCAAGUUUCACUAAACUAAAUUAAUCAAUCAGUAGAAUCAAAAGCACAUGCAGAAUUUUAAGUCCAACCGCCCUUCUAUCUUUCCAAAGCGUCACAAUGACUCAGUCUCCCUUGAGAGCAGAAUAGCUUUCUAGUACACUUGUUCUAGUGAUGGAAUUCUAACACAUCUCACACUGAGCAAUAAUCCCAAAAAUUAAGUCAUCACAAAUCCAAAGAUAUUUGGCAGCUGUGCAGCGUACAGUGCAGUGCAGCACUGAUAACUUGAGUCUGUCGUAGCCUUCCAUCAGCAGAGUGAUCAUACAAAUAAUUACAGUCCUCCUUUUCCUACUGUUAAGUUAUUUAUAGUGGACUCCCUCAGUGACACAGCUACCAGUUAACAGCUUGACUAUAACAUUGUGAUAACUUCAUAUUAAGUCUUUUUGUUUGCAUAAUACACUACACAUUUUAUACUUUUAGUCCAUUCUGUGCAGUUAACACAUAGAAUCUGUAUUCUCUAGAUAUCCUCCAGGAUCUCUUUUCACGUCCCAACUCGCAAAGAUAAGACCUCAGUCAAUAGUGUUGUACUGAUCUGUCAACACUUGUGCUGUCCCUGCCUGCAGCUCUGCAAUGAGAGGAGCAGAUACAGCAGGACAAGUCAGGGUUAUAUGGAGGAGCUCUCUCAUCUCCUUCUGGUGGGUCAAAGAAGGUGAUUGGGGCAGGUUGGUGAUUUAAAAGGACAUAAAUAUUUCUGAUUCCUGAAGUAGUAGUAAUGGUGAGAAGAAUAGUUGAGAUGUUUGGGCUCAUUUGAUAUUGUAAGUAUUCCUACCUGUUGAGUAUUGCAUGAACUAUGUGACUGACCAAAAUGCAAAGGAUAAGGGGCAAAAAUCUACCACCAGGAAGGUUCUGGAACAUAAUUUCAGUAAUAUGUUCGCAAGUCAAACAUGCAGCAAAGAUCUUUUCAUUUUAGUCGGUGAAGAGAUGUUAGCUUCUGUUUGUGUUUGUAGAAACCUUCACAUCACACUGUUCAUUUCAUUUCAAAUAAUUACUGUUUUUCUUUGUGUGCUUACAGCUUGUAUGACAUGAAGAGAGUAAUUGUGUGCGCAUGUAUGUUAUUUGUGCCAAGGUGUAACUUUGUCCAACACAGGCUCUCUGCAUACAUGCACACCCACAAACCGUGUGCCCAUUCAGAGAAGUGAAGCUUCCCUCUUUUGCACAAUCUUAUGAAGUUUGUGAACUGAAAGGUAAAUGGAUGUUUUGUUGAAGGCAGUGCUCUCAAAUGAUUAAAGGACUAUUUGCUUA